AUGUUCCAAAUACUUAGAACCCGAGCAAUCGGGGCCUUUUCAGGUGCCAGACUUUAUGGUCUUCCUACCCUCAAUAGAUCAUAUGCCACCAAAGGUUCCAACUCAAUUACCGAACUUUUAAAUUUCAAUUCGAUCAAGUCCAGCAGUACCAACAAAUUUAAAGAGGUUUCUUACGAUAAUAUAUUGAAAGAAAGUAAAACCAGAGGCCCAAGAUCAAGUGUUUCCUUUGGGGUGCAAGAAGUUGUUGAAGAUUUUAAGAACCAAGUUCGUCAGAUGCCAAUCGCUAGAGACUCUGCCAAUGUUUAUGUGAACGUUCGUAAUUCCAACACUCUUGUCUCUGAUUUUAAAAAAUUGGAAGGUAUUGUUGGCAGAAACCAAAUUGCCCAAGACAAAAGAGACCAAAGAUUUUAUGUUAGACCAGGGAGAAAGAGACGUUUGGAUAGAUCUAGAAGACACAGAAAAUUGUUCAAGGCUGGAUUCAAGAACCUCCUUGGAAUGGUUAAGGAUGCUAGAAGAAAGGGUUACUGA